GGGGAGGAGGAGGGCGGGGAGCUGGCUGGCCUCAGCCCUGGAGCGGUGUCCUUCUGAGACAGGGCCGCCGGUGUAGCCGCUCAGGGCGGCCGCUGCUGUCCGCAUAGAGAUACGGGGAGGCCCCGGACAGCCUGGCCUGAAUUGUUAAUCUCCUGGGAACUUUCUACUGGACAGUGAACACGAGGGGCUGAACAUCUGGAUGACCUUGCCUUUGGGACAAUUAAGUUAAAACUGCAUUGGAUUAUGGGUCAGAAGGUCACAGGAGGCAUAAAGACGGUGGAUAUGAGGGACCCUACGUACCGGCCGCUAAAGCAAGAUCUCCAGGGCCUGGACUACUGUAAACCCGCUCGUUUGGACCUCUUAUUGGAUAUGCCACCAGUAUCUUAUGAAGUACAGCUUCAGCACUCAUGGAAUAAUAAUGAUCGGUCACUCAAUGUUUUCGUCAAAGAAGAUGACAAACUUGCUUUUCACCGGCAUCCGGUGGCACAAAGUACAGAUGCCAUUCGUGGCAAAGUUGGUUACACGCGGGGCCUACAUGUAUGGGAAAUAACAUGGGUCAUGAGACAGCGGGGAACGCAUGCAGUCGUUGGAGUCGCAACAGCAGACGCACCACUACAUUCUGUAGGAUAUACCACACUAAUAGGCAGCAAUGGCAAGUCUUGGGGCUGGGACUUGGGGAGGAACAAACUGUACCAUGAUGGUAAAAAUCAGCCAAGUAGGACAUACCCUGCUUUUCUGGAGCCUGAUGAAACCUUCAUUGUGCCAGAUUCUUUCUUGGUGGUACUAGACAUGGAUGAUGGUACGCUGAGUUUCAUUGUUGAUGGACAGUACAUGGGCACUGCUUUUAGAGGACUAAAGGGAAAGAAACUCUAUCCUGUUGUCAGCGCAGUUUGGGGCCACUGUGAAAUCAAGAUGCGUUAUAUAAAUGGACUUGACCCUGAACCUUUGCCUCUAAUGGACUUGUGUAGAAGGUCUGUUCGUCUUGCAUUGGGAAAAGAGAGACUAAAUGAAAUCCAAACACUUCCGCUGCCAGCAUCUCUCAAAGGCUACCUACUUUAUCACUGACGGUCCAUGCAUGACUGUAAUGGACUGGUCACCUUUAACCCAGUGCUAUGCAUCCCAAGGCUCCACUUUUGUCCUUAAUGCUUGCUGGUAGGAAGAUAGCGGUACAGAUUCCUCACUUGCAUGCCUCUAUCUACAAGAUACCUCCAGGACCCUUACUUCUUGGACCCUGCAACAACUAAAAUCUUUUCCUAUGAAGGAUAUUUACAAUGUGUGACUUAAGUGGUUCAUGUUUAAUAUAUGAACGGAUCUAUUUUUUAAUGUAAUAGUCUAUUUCUGAACAGGAAACAGACUUGUUUUCAUAUGCCCUCUUUAUGGGCUCUUAUGUGUCUAAAUUUUAAAUGUGUUUUUGUUUGUAGUUUACCUGCCAUUGUGCCUAAAGACACUAAGGUCGGAGUGAUUUCGGUCUCGAUUCUAAAAUACAUGGGUUCAGAACGGUUCAUUGCCCAGGCAUAGGUAUCUCCUGUUUUUUACAUUAGACUGGAAGCUUCUAGAGCCCUUCUAAGUCCCCUGGUUUAGAAUGAGCAAUGCAUAAUUUAAUCUGUGAGCACCCCCUUCUACAGACGCAUAGUAGUCCCAUCAUCCUCCUAGGGGAUGUGGGAGUUGUAGUCCAGUGUUUGUACUACGGGAAGUGGAAAUUGUACAAUCUUCAUUUGUCCACCUGAUUGAUUGAGCUGUGUUCUGGUCAUGACUAAUAGCAUGGUAUUGAUUAACAAGAAGUUGCCCUUACACCUUCAGAUACAAGUACAAUGCAAAACCACAAAUCGGGAAGCUUCUUGCUUGGAUAAGCCUAAUAUGCAUUUAGUAUUGCAGAAUGUUCUUGGUAUCCAUAUUGCAGGUGGAGAGCUAGUUUUGUCAUUGAUCGUGUACCAUGUUUUCAGUCCAUUAAACAGCCUGCGGAACCUGAUGACACAUUUGCUUAGUGGCACAAUUUCUCAGGCUGACCCAUGCUUGCUGACUGAUCUCAUAACCACUUGAAUACAUUCAUCCCUUUUUUGCCUUCACUUUAAAUGCCGCACAGAUCAAAAUGGGGAAACACGAUUGCACAGGUACAAUGGCUAGGUUUUUAUGUAUGUUUAUGUGAAAUUUAAAGAGCACCUUCUGCCUUUUCACAUGGGAGGCGGCCUUAUUGUGGGUGGAACAAAUGUGAAAGCAGCCGCUGUCUUCUCAGUGAUACGGCUAGUUAAUAGCAAAUUCAGGCCUUUUUAUUGGCCUGGCCCACAAAAUGGCUUCGUCAGCUGUGUCCAGGUCACAGGUGCCAAAACACUGCUGCUGUAGGGUACGGAAAAAGAUUGGACAUUCAAUUUUAAAAAGUGCACAUUGGUGCCAAGACUGUAAGGGUAGAUCAGGUACCAACCUUUUCCAUGCCUAUAAGCUAACUUGUCUUGCUGGUAAGGACUCUUGCUGUAUUGCACAAAUAAGAGGGAUUUGUAAAAUACUUUUUUCUGCCUUCUGAUAUACUUUUCAGCGCAAGUAGUCUUCCACCUCACAAAAGUGGCUUUAGAGGGUCUCCCUUCUGUCUUCAGUUUGUCUGUACAGUUUUUUUAAUUUCUUUGUAAUUGUGUAGAUAAUAAAGUCUGUAAUAAAGAAAUAGUUUAUUAAA